AUGACUCUGUCCAGUGAGUCUGAAGCUUCACAACACGCUGCUUUGCCUCUAGAAGAUGAUGAGAUUGACAUAGUGGGCGAGGAUGUGCCUAGCCACGGGCACUUAUAUCGCAAUGAGUGCUCCACGGACCCCGGGUCUUCUGCAGAAUCCGGUCCAGAAUUCGACUCUUCAGAGCCGGACUCCUCGGGGGAGAGCGAGAACAGUUUCUGCGCGGACCUGGCACCGUCUUCCAGGAAAGCCCAGAACAGCUCGGUGAAGCCUCCCUACUCCUACAUCGCCCUCAUCACCAUGGCCAUCCUGCAGAGCCCGGUGAAGAAGCUGACGCUGAGUGGCAUCUGUGACUUCAUCAGCAACAAGUUCCCCUACUACAAAGACAAGUUCCCCGCGUGGCAGAACUCCAUCAGGCACAACCUCUCCCUCAACGACUGCUUCAUUAAGAUCCCGAGGGAGCCUGGGAACCCGGGCAAAGGUAACUACUGGUCUCUGGACCCCGCCUCGGAGGACAUGUUCGACAACGGCAGCUUCCUCCGGCGAAGGAAGCGCUUCAAGAGAAACCAGCCCGAGUUUGGCAAAGACGGACUAAUGUUUUAUUCCAACUUGAACUGCUACCGGCCGUACGGGCAGCCAUACUGCGUACCACGGGGCCAGGUGAGCCCCCCGCCCGCUGCUCCUCUCCGGUACGUGCCUCUGCAGGAGGGCAUCAUGAUGCCUCCCUCCUCCUCCUAUCACCUUCUGCCACAAACUUUGAACAGUCACGGGAAGUGCAGUGGGCCUAAAGACUUCAGAUCGCAGCUGUGCGCAACAGAACCGGAGCCGAAGCCUGGCCAGCAGGCAAAGUGCUCCUUCAGCAUUGACAGCAUCAUGCGCAGACCCUCCCCCAUCGGUCCACACCACCCAAAUCCACAGCAGAGCCUUCGCGGCGCUCUCGGGUACGGUCACCUCAUGUCGGGCCCUGCUGCCUGCUUGCUCCCGACGCUCCUGCAGGUUCCCAGGACCCCGUUCUGCCCUCCUUCCAUGCUGACCACUGCUCCUCUAAGAAACGAGCAUCUCAGACUCUCUUACCAUCACUGUUGA